UGCAGACUGAAAAUAUUGGACGUGUUAUUUGGAUAUCUACGCUGUUAUAAAACUGCAACGUGUUUAUAUUGCAAGUCUGAGACAAAGCUAAAACUGCUACAAACUACACCUUAGUUGGCUACGGGCUACAAACAGUGAAUGUGUGGGAGCAGCAGAAUAUUUCUGAAAGUGUGUUCAGAUACAAAUUUACUGGCGGGAGAGUCAGUUGUUUAACUUCACUAUGGAGAGGAAAGUGCUUGCCCUUCAGGCGAGAAAGAAAAGGAACAAGCUGAAAAAGCCUGGCAACAGACCUGAACUCCACCUGCGGGGAGCCACCCAACCCAACUCAGCUCUGCAGGAGCAAGAGGAGGAGAUCCUGGGCUCUGACAAUGAAGAGCAGGAAGAUCCCAAUGACUACUGCAAGGGUGGUUAUCACCAUGUGAAGAUUGGUGACCUGUUCAACAGCCGCUACCAUGUGAUCCGUAAAUUGGGCUGGGGGCAUUUCUCCACUGUGUGGCUGGUGUGGGAUAUCCAAGAAAAGAACUUUGUGGCCAUGAAGGUGGUAAAGAGUGCAGAGCAUUACACUGAAACAGCCCUAGACGAGAUCAAGCUCCUGCUCGCGGUCCGAAACUCUGACCCAAAUGACCCCUGCAGAGAAAAAGUAGUGCAGUUGCUGGACAACUUCAAGGUUUCAGGCAUCAAUGGCACACAUGUGUGCAUGGUGUUUGAAGUCCUUGGACAUCAUUUGCUAAAGUGGAUUAUUAAGUCGAACUACCAGGGGUUGCCCCUGAUCUGUGUUAAAAGCAUCAUUCGUCAGGUUUUACAGGGUCUGGACUAUCUGCACACCAAGUGUAAGAUCAUUCAUACAGACAUUAAGCCAGAGAAUAUUUUGAUGAGCAUUGAUGAGUCAUACAUCAAGAAGCUGGCUUCCGAGGCAUCUGAGUGGCAGAAAUCUGGAGCUCCUCCACCAUCUGGCUCUGCAGUAUGCACAGCUCCAGUCCCCAAACAGACAAAGAUGUCUAAGAACAAAAAGAAAAAGAUGAAGAAAAAAAUGAAGCGACAGGCUGAUCUAUUGGAAAAACGUAUUCCAGACAUUGAGGGGCUGGAGAGAUUAAACAAAGAAGAUGUGGAUGAUGAGGAUGAAGAAACAGAAACCCCUGAAAGCAUUUUGUCCAACAGUCAAACUCUGCAUGAAAUUACAACUGAGGCCACAUUGGAUGGUGUUCCAGAAAGUCAGCAUACUAAGAGUGAUGAGGCUACUGAUGUUCAGCAGGACUGGGACAAAACUUCAAUCAAUCCUUAUGCUAGCAUCACAGUGGAGGAGUCCCAGCCCAUGAACCCUUACCCAGUAUGCAACAAGAAUACACAGAGCAAGCACAGCCCCCUCACUCCCGAUAAUAAUGGACAUUUGCUUUGUGACAUGUUUGAGAAACAGGAAAUGCUGGACACCCAGAAGAUGAACAUUUCAGAUUCUGUAAAUGAUUGGGAGAUGGAGUCAAAUCCAAAAAAAGAGGCAGUACAUUCAAAAGAUGAACCCACCAACUUGCAAAGAGGCACAGAAAUGAAGAGAUCACAGGAGGCAGCAGACAGUCUGUUGGUAAACCCGCUGGAACCACUAAAUGCUGAUAAGAUCCAGGUAAAAAUUGCUGACCUGGGAAAUGCCUGCUGGGUGCACAAACACUUCACAGAUGAUAUUCAGACACGUCAGUACCGUGCUCUUGAGGUGCUAAUCGGUGCAGGCUACAGCACACCAGCAGACAUCUGGAGCACAGCAUGCAUGGCAUUUGAAUUGGCAACAGGGGAUUACUUGUUUGAACCGCAUUCAGGAGAGGAUUACUCCAGAGAUGAAGAUCACAUUGCCCUGAUUAUUGAGCUUCUAGGAAAAGUCCCUCGCAAACUCAUCAUGAAUGGGAAAUAUUCAAAGGAUUUUUUUACCAAGAAAGGUGAACUGAGACAAAUCACUAAGCUGAAGCCAUGGGGGCUUUUGGAUGUCCUGGUGGAGAAGUAUGAGUGGUCAAAGGAGGAAGCACAGAGCUUCAGCAGCUUUCUUCUACCCAUGCUGGAUCUUAUUCCAGAGAAAAGAGCUACAGCUGCUGAGUGCCUCCGUCACCCCUGGAUCAGUUCAUAGUGGCACAAAUCCUCCAACACAAACACAUGCAAGACCUGGGUCUUAUCAUGGAUACACAUCUUUGAUAGAUUAUCGUUCUGUUAACAUUUUGAUGUUUUUUUCUUUUUGUGUCAACAGCAUAAACUAAAUGUUUCUUUUCAUUUAAAUUUACAAGAACUGUUUAAAGGUAAUUGUUCUAUUCAGAUGAGAUUAGUUUUUCAUCAAAACCUGGGGCAAUUGCAUUUUUUGGGUGCAACUCCCUACAUUUUUUUUAAAUUCAGCUCUGCUGUUUGACUCCUAAGUGAAUUACGCAUGGCAGUUGACACUGAUUGCAAUGUUUUAGACUUAAUUUACUUGCUAUGUUUAGUCAACAGCCAUGUAAAAUAAAAUUAUAGAGUAAUAGUCACAUUCCACUACAGUAUAGUUUUAUUUAAGCAAGGCUGUAUAAUACUAGAGCUUUAGAAGAAACAACCUUUUCCCCCAAUUUUUAACAUAAGAAAUGAUGUCAUUGUGUUUGUAUUAUGCAGAAAAAAGCAGCUACAAAUUGUAUCAUGUUCAGUUACAAAAAAAUUAGCAUUUCCCUAAAUGGCUGAAAUUGCUUCCUAAGCUUAAAUCCUGUCACAACAGCAGACAACUAAAAAGCAAUAGCACUGUAACAUGUGUACUGCUGCUGUUGUAACAAUAACAUUUGAAUAAGCAAUUUUAUAAAUGCCUGUUCUUAUCAGAAUCCAAUAUUCAACAGGGGGAUAUUUUAAAGUACAAUAUAGGGGGAAAGUGGGACACCUGUCAAGUAAAAUCUGAUGCUCCCCGUUAGCUAAAAUGCUACAAAUCCACUAGAACCAUGUGAGAAUCGUGGUGGAGACUGAUGAUGAGAAACUAAUGCUGUCAAAAUAGGGCUUAUGUCACUUCUCUAUAGUCAGUGUUUUAUGACUGUCAUGCAAAAACAAUUUCAAAUGAUGAACAGUAAUAUUAAAAGUUAAAUUCUCAGAAGUGUCUUUCAUUUUGUACAUAUGUACCAAAGAUUUGCCACUUCUCUAUUUUCACAUGAUGGCGCGCACAUAUAUUUAAAGUUUUUUUUUUUUUUUUUUUGCCAAGGCUUGCUUGUUAUCUUGACAUCAAUGUUUCAAAACUAAUAUAAGUAUGUAUUGAUAUACCGAUGUGUGAUCAAUGUUUUGUAUACUUGAAGAAAGUGGGAUUUUGUAAGUUAGGACAUUGUUAAGACAUCUGCUUGAUCUUUUAUAGCAGCAGCUUUUAGCUUUUUCCAGUUUCAAAGCAUGUGUUGCUCUGUUUUUGAUUGUUCACUGCUAAACUAAAACUCUUUCUGUAAUGCAUACCAAUGAAGAUUUUGCAGUCAGA